CGUCUGUCGUUGAGAACUGAGGUGUUCUGCCAAAUUCACCGAUCGAUAUCAUGCUCGUUGUUUUGCUCCUGGUUCAAAUAAUCGCUGUGCUCGGCCUUGGCGAAAAAUGUGAAUCACAAUCCCUGCUUAUGGACCUGGUGGAGAUGGUUCCCCGAAAUCAAAACACCACUCUGUCCAAGUGCGAGGAGCAGCUGGUGGAACUGGGAAAAGCCUGGCUGGAUCGGCAGGCCUGGGCGGCAAAGGCUGUGGAUGCCUCCGGCGAGGGCUUCUCUAACUUUAUGAUGGGACAAAGCACCUGGCUGGGCAACCGAUUUACCUGCCGCGCCGUCAACGAGCCAUUGCCCCAUUAUAUCAUGGACGCCGACAAAAAUCCGCGCCUGUUGCGCGAUGUGUCGCCCAUUGCCUUCGACUACGCGGUGGCCUAUAUUGAGUCCAACUCGCCGUGGCAGCUGCAGGUGUCCAUCAGGCAGAAUCCCCUGUUGCACAUUGGCCUCUGUCUGCCCAGGAGCUGUGGCAUCGGGGAGGUCGAGCAACUCAUCCGAAGGUCGCUGGACUCGGGAAAGUCCUUUCGGUGCUGGGAUAUGGAUGCCAAAUUGGCUUAUGUCAAAAAACCAAAAUUUGGGCCCCAUUUUUUCCAAAGUGGUGCUGUGCAAAUGUUCUUUUCAGUGGUGGGCGGAACCCUUCUGCUUACCCUUCUAGCCUCCAGUGGUCUGGCCCAGUACUCCCGCAUUUUGGGAUGCUUCGAUCUGGCUAGCAACUGGAAGCUGGCAUGGAAGCCAGUAAAUCCCGGCCAGGAGAACACAGCCAUCAACGGGCUGAGGGUAUUCACCGCAUUCUCCUUAAUUGGCGUGCAUGUGGUCUGGUACAAGUACUUCACCGUGGACUCCUCGGUCGAGAUGCUCGACAAGAUCGUGUCGAUGACUAUGCGGCACACUUAUUGGCCCAGCAUGGUGGAGAUCUUUUUCGUGGUCAGUGGCUACUUGACAGUCUUGAAUUUCCUGAAGGACGAGAAACUGCAGCAGGAAAUCGCCGCCGAUGGAUUCUGGGGUAAUGGGCGUCGCUACCUGGGACAGUUUAUACACCGCUACUGCCGACUAGCUCCGCUGCAAUUUGUGGUUGUACUGGCGGAUGUGGUCAUGACGGAAUACCAGCGGCAGGUGUCUGUGCUGCACAUAAGCGAUCCGCAGGACGAACUCUGCCGGCGAAACUCCAUACGCAACCUUUUAUUCAUCCAGAAUCUGUAUCCGAUUAAGGAGAUGUGCGGAUCGUGGACCUGGUCGCUGGGCUGCGACAUGCAGCUCCACAUGCUGGCCAUGCUGCUGCUCUUUGGCCACACCAAGCACCCAAGGGCGGUCAGAUGGAUCACCCAGACGCUGAUGCUUGUCAGCGCCGUGGAGUCGAUUGUGAAAAUGCAGGUCAGAGAGGUGGGCGCCAAUUUCGAUGAGCUGUACCACACCAACGAGUGGUCCUACAUGAGUCCCGUCAUCCGCAUGCUGGCCUACAUAGUGGGUGGCUGGUAUGCCUACACCCAUGUCAAGGGUGUGGCCUUACCCUUCGACCUGCUGAUGCCCAAUCUCUGGGUCAGGAUGGGAGCCGUUGGAGCGAUUGGCUGGUUUGUGAAACAGGUGACAAUGGAUCAGUUGCCGGCCACCAGUGUUAUCUACACCUUCAUGGUCGUCCUGCGGGUGCUAGUGACUACGCUGGCCGGUCAUCUUAUCCUCUGUGGCACCAAGUCGGACAGCAGCGAGUCCUAUGCUCCCACCCGCUGGCUCCUGGCGAUCCUGCAAUCGGAGCAAGUGCAGCGCAUCAGCCGGUUCACCUACGCCAUCUACCUGCUGAAUCCCAUUGUCAUCAUCUACUUUUACCACUCCUUCAGCAACAAUGUGAAACCGGACAACACCAUGAUGAUCCUAUUUACGAUAUCCUGUUCGGCGAUCUGUUACGCAAUGGCCAUUGUAGCAACACUGCUCUUCGAGAUCCCAUACAACCGGAUGAUCCAUCUGCUGGUUAAUUUUAAAUCCUCCAAGAAUAAAAAUCUAUAGAUGCCACUGGCUAAAAUUCCUCCCAAAAAUGUACCUCACAAAAAUGAAAUAUUCGCCUAAAUAUUCAAUAAAUGUUUAAUUGGUUAAGUA